AUGGCAACAGAGGACAGAUCGCUGACGGCCCCUCAUAUACGACAGGGCUACGAGAUAUUGCCCAUCUCCCAAAGAGAUCUAGCAACAAGGCAAACCUCUGUGCCUCUAAUUUUGCCGAACGACUAUCAGUAUGAUCCGUCUUCAGUCAAGGUAGUUAAGCGGCCAGGUGUGAUAAGAACCCACCUGGUCGUGGUGGACGAGGCACUGGAGCUGCUGCGGGACGUAAAAGAUCCGGUCAGUGUAGUGGGGAUUUGUGGAACAGCUCAGAGCGGAAAGUCGUACGCUGUGUCAAGGUUGGCUGGCACUCACGAUGCGUUUGAGCUUGGAAAUAAAAUGUACCCUAAGUCGUCCGGUAUUUGGAUGGGAACAAAGGUUCUGAGAAACAGAGAGAAAGGAUUUGUCACUAUCUUGUUAGACAGCGAGGGAACUGAUGCCGUUUAUCCCGAAUACGCUGAUCAUGGCGGUCUACUGGUGAUGAUGGUGCUGCUUACGUCACUGCUGAUUUAUAACACCAUGAAAGUACCAACGAAGAAGGACCUAGUAGAACUCAAAGUCCUUACUGACGUUAUUGGUAAAAUUCGGGUAAAAGAAAAUGAGGAGGUUACAGAAGAUAUGGGGGCACUUCGCAGGGUGUUUCCAAACUUUAUGUGGCUUUUACGAGACGUCUAUUUGAAGUUAGUCCACCCUGACACUGGAGAGGAAAUGACACCCUCUGACUACGUGAAGGAAGUGGUUUUCAAGAAAGACACUCAGAAAAAGGAAGAAACCGACCAAGAGAAGAUAGGGAGAGCCAUAAUGACGAUUUUUGAAAGGGUGGAGGCAUUUACUCUACCUUUACCAGGAGGUUCAGAUGUUGUGGAAGAUAUUGUAGCAAACGCUAAUAAUAUUGAACUCAAAUUCAAUGAGAAAAUGAAGGAGUUUAUAGAAUACAUCCUGUCUGAUCUAGAAUGCAAUAAAGAUAUGACUGUGAACUCUAAGAUAACAGGAGAUCAGCUUGCCACAAUGUUGCAGCACUAUGUUCAAGCUGUCAAUGAUCCAGACGAUGUACCUGUCAUAAAGAGUGCCUGGGGUGCUAGUGUAGAGUUAAGGCACAAAAAAAUACUGGGAAACAUGGUGGUGAAGUACAACACGGAAAUGGAGCACCAGACAAGGGAAGUUCUCAGAAUGUCUCUUCCCAGAAUACAGGUCAUGGCACUGGACGAAGUCCAGAGAGAUCCUUAUGGCCAGUGA